CUUAAUUUUAUUCGUGCGAUCCGCUCUGUAAAUCGGAUCAUUUGGUGGAUUUAUUGUCCAUCAAAUUGGUGCUCUCGUUGAGAGUUCGAGAAUCAUACUCGGAAGAAAUCCUCCACAACGACGAUGGUGCAAACACGUAGCAACGCCAACGUAGGUACCGGAGUUCCCCAACAGGGGGAGAACAGCGCCACUGGAGGUCCUCACCCCCCCAUCACCACCGGGGAGGCUGAGGCCCUCAUUCAGAGGGUUGGGAUCACGACCGAACAAUUCAAGGAGGUGCUGGCCGCACUUGCGCCCAACCGCGAGGUAGUGGUGGGAGAUGUGGCUGGGGGACCCACAGGCGAGAAGGCUGGACCUGCGGGCUCCCAAGGAAAAAAGAAAAAAGUGAGGUGGUCCCAGAAGAAGAAGGCGACCAAGCCCAAUGGGAAGGCUAUGAUGGCAGAUGCGCUCUCCACGCUGGAAGAAGAGGACGAGUCGUCUUCCUUCGAGCGGAUGUCUGCUUUUGACCGUUUGGGAGAUCCCAAGUCGAAGAAACCUCGGACCUCUGCGUUCGAAAGGUUGCAGGACACUCGGUCGGCCCGAAAAGGCGACUUGAGAGACACACUCAAGGAGAAGAGAGGGGAGUCCACAGCGACCUCCAAGGUCGGUUCUGAGGAGCGACGGACGACAGUCGGGGAUAAGGGUGCAGCCGAGCUAUGGAAAAUGUACGAACAACUGGAGAAGCGGCUGGAUGCCCAGAACCCCUAUCGCCAGGCGGUCUUUAGUGAGGUAACGCCCUUCUCCAGGAGGAUAAUGUCCUGCCCUCUCCCAGAUAAUUUCAAGACUCCCCAGAUCAAGGCAUACAAUGGGACGACCGAUCCCCAAGACCACCUCGCUCGUUUCGGGGCCAACGUGGUCAUGUACGCGUAUCCAGAAGAAAUCAAGUGUCGGUGCUUCCUAGCGACACUGGAAGGGCAGGCUUGUGAGUGGUUUCACAAGUUACCCAAGGGGUCGAUAGAUAAGUGGGGCGACCUGGCCCACAAGUUCUUGGAGCACUUCGCGUCCAGCCGGAGACAAGAGCUCCCCUUCUCGCAUUUGCUCAAUGUGAAGAUCUAGAAGAGGGAAC